GUCGAAUUCGUGAGUCCAUCGCAUCCGCCAGCCACAUGACAGACACAAUCGCCAUGCCACGCCACGCCGCCACACACACAGGCAGAAGCAUGAUAAAUAGGCUCACUCAUUCACUGACUGACGGCCACACCACAUUCUCUCACCGACAAACAAAACACAAAUAAACAAACCGCCACAUAGCCAUUCCAGUAAGGACCACUAACUCUCGGCCCAUACUCAGUCACUCGAUGGCGAUUGCAAAUUACUCCAUCAUCCCGUUGGCCGCCCCAUGGUGUCCACCCGAGCUGCUCAGCUCGGCCUGCAGGGACUGCAUCGGCACCAGCGAGGCGGGCUGCGGCGAGCCGGAGGCCGCGAGGGGGUUGACGGCCUGCAGACCCAGGGCAUUGCCCAGCUCGCUGAACACACGCUGCAGCUCCUGACGCAAAUGCCUUGAGUGGUGGGAUGGGGUGGGACAGCAAAGCACACAGACAGAUGGUGUGUAUGUGUAUGUGUAUGUGGCUCAGCUCAGCUGCUCUGUUUGUUGUCUGUCUGUCUGUUGUGUUAGCUAUGGUAUGCCUUAAUUGCCGCCUACGCGUCUUUGGAUGCGAUUGCCGCCGUCAGCUCAGGGAAGAGCGCCAUCAGGUGGCACUUGGACCCUGCACAGACAGUACAACGACACACCACACACCACACACAGCUGAUCUGAUGCCCCCAGCCUUUUGCCGCCCCCUCCCCUCCCUGUCCGUCUGUCUGUCUGUCUGUCAGAUGCGAUGCUCACUCACCGGCGACUUUGCAGGCCUGCUGUAUGUGUGUUGGGAGGAUGUGUGCGUGGCAGUGUGUGAACACGGCGGGGUCGAUGCUCAGCUGCCGCAGCUGGCCCAGCAGGAAAGACACCUCGUCGAGACGCGGCUUCGGCAACGGACACUGCACCGCACCAGCCAGAGCCACAUGCCAUGCAGCGCAGAGAGACAUUUUGGCCGGCACCGCUGAGCUGAGCUGAGCUGACCUGUCCGCUGGUCAUGUCGUCUCUGAUGAACUCUCCCAGGAUGGUGCGGCACCUGUCGAGCAGCACCGGCAGGGCCGCCGACGCCAGCACCAUGUCCAAACUCUUCUCCGCGGCUGGCUGCUGGGGGGCUGGGGCUGUCUGCGUCUGUGUGUGUGGGCCGGGGGGAGGGGGGCGAGGGGGCGGCGGGCUGCAGAUCUCAAACAGCCUGCAGUGCAGUCGAUUCGCCGGAGAGGCAGGAUCACACACACAGAUGCAUUGCUUGUGAGGUGAGCUGAGGUUCUGGUUGGUUGUUUGCCCACUCACUUUGCGAGUGCAGUUCGUGCGAGGAGCGGCCUAUCGCGGCUGACGGCGCAGUAGUGGUCCAACACAUGAAUCUGCACCAACAAGAGAAGGCAUUACUGACACACUUAGGGUGGUGCUGCUAAUGCUCUCUGGCCAAUGAGUGACGGACUGACCGACCAGCAUGUGGAAGAUCCUCUUAGCGUCAGGGAUGGCGGCGGCCAGCCCCCUCCCGCGGCGCACAGUGAGGAUGUCGCACGUCCUGCUCUUGACCACAUGGUCAUAGACCUCCCCCUCCUUGAGCAGCAUCUGGUACUCAGCCCGCCCCAGGUGCUUCAGCCGCCCAACGUCCCACUCCAGCACCAAGUGACGCACCACCAGCCCCACCGACAGCCAGUACCGCUCAAGCACCUCCCUCUCCCUCUCCCUCUCUCGUGUAGCCGUCGUCACUCCUUCCCGGCCGCUCAGUGCCCGCACGGCCGUCAUGGUGGAUUGCAGCAGGUCGAGGAUGCCCUCGUAGCCCAGCUUCCAGUACCCAAAAGUGCUCAGUGACGCGCCCGAGUGGGUGGACUUGGUGCGCACGAGCAGCAGGAAGGUGUGGAACAGGAAGGGGACGCACUCGAGCACCGUCCACACCCCCAGCAGCUGUGGCGAGGUUUGGCUGUCGGCUGGCGAGGAUGACGGCGUGUCUGUGUGCUGCUGGGGAGGGAGAGGGGGAGAGGGAGAGGGCAUCGUGGACGACGGCAGGAGAGGCCGUCUCGUUGCCGCCUUCCUUGUCUGCUGAGCCCCUGCCCGCUGUUGUCGCCUCUGCCGGCCGUCCCCUACGCCCACAGGCCGCUCGACCACAACCACGCUCCCCCGCUGCGGCAGGCUCACAGCCCGGCACACCGACACACCUGUCCGCCUGUCCACAGCAUCUUCCAUCUCUCCCCCGUCGGCAGCAGCACUCGCCGCUCGCUGCUGCUCGUCCGUCGAAUCGGCCGUCUGCUGCGGCGCGGUGAGGCCGUAUUGGAUGGACGACGGGAGCAGCGGCGAGUGGACGCCCUUCUGCGCUGUGUGUGUGGGUGGAGGGGCGGGGGGCGGGGGAGGCGACGGGCGCCCAGGUGGUGAGAGUGUGGGCGGCAUGAGGUCUGCGAGGAUGGUGCGGACGGACUUGCAGAUGAGGGAGAGGGUCUUGGCGGCGAGGGCCAGCUUGUUGCUGUCGACGAACAUGAUGCGCGGAUGAAGCAGCACGUGGCACAGCUGACACACAACAGAAAGAAGAUCACUCACACACACUCACACACACACACGCACACACAGGCGCUUCUUUCCCCUUAGUCUGUGCAGCAGACAGACCUGUUGCCAUAUCCUGGGCACGGCGAUCAUCACAUGCUCCCUCCCCUCCCCCGCACACCGCCGCACCUCCCAAUCCAACACAACAACGCCCACACCGCCCCCGCCAUUGGAACCGCCAUCGUCCACACGGCAAUAAUGCGCCGGCACCAGGCCGUAGCCCUCCCCGCCCCCACUCACAACAUACGGCUGCCCCAGCAGCUUCUCAACGUACUCGAGUACGAGCGACUGGGGGUACGGCACGCGCAGCGUCGAGAUGUGGUAGAAGUUCAGCUCCAUGAAGUUCUCCUCGGGUGUCUGGGGGCCGGGCUUCUUCUUGUCGGCUUCUGGGGCGUCUGGGGGAGGGGGCGGGGGAGGGGAGGUGGCUGGGAGGGACUGCGGGAAGUGUUUCUGGUACUGGGCAUUCUUCUGCACGCACUUCCUGCAACCAAGGGAACAAACGAGCCAGCAAUGAGGUAGGAGUCUCCCUCUGAUCUCUGCGCCCGUCUGCGUGUGUGUGUACCAGGGCGGCGUGGGCUGUUUGGUGUAGGCGUUGACCGGGGGCAGCUGCCCCCACCCCUCCUCCCUCCUCUCGUACGCCUCCAUAACGCGCCACUCGUCCACCAGCCCCUCCCCAUCCACAGAAAGCCGAUCCAGCGACGGGGGCACAUCCGUCCUUGCCCGCACAUAGGGGUCGAACCGGUCGAUAGUCGACCGCACGGACGGCAACCCCUCCUCAGCCAGAGCGUAGUGCCUGGAAUGCUCGAACUGACGCUUGUAGGCGGCGAAGCAAGAGGCGUAUGGCGGCGCUGAGAGGGGGAGGAGGGAGGGGUGGGGGGAGGGGGAGGUGAACAGCGAUGGGAAGAUUGCGGGGCCGUCCAGUGGGCGGCCGUCGGUCUCUGCCGGGGGGGUCGGCUGCACACACGGCGACACUGCUCCAUCCACCGGCGACGCUGAGAGAGAGAGAGAACACGCGAUGAGCGAGUUUCUUUCAUGUGUGUGUCUUGUCUGUGGUCUGGUCUGUGUGAGGAAGUUCGGACCUUUUCCCCCGUGUGAAGGGUGUGUGUGCGGCAGCUGGACUGGUGUGGCAUUGGGGAGGUAGUAGCAUCUCGAGGUGAGGAGGCUGACGAAGAGCUGUGUGACCAGGAGGUGGUGCACGGGCUGCAUCGACGAGGCGUGGCUCAUCCGCACCUCACCCAGACUCUGAACCAGCACCUGCACAUACACACACCCAACACAUCACGAUACUCACGGGCACAUCCACCACCCCAUGGAUCCCCCCGGGCGUGGCGUACUUCAACGAACUUCUCGGGUAUGACGUCCAUGUGGCUUAUCUGCUCGCCCACAUAGCGGAAGAUACUCCAGCCGCUCCCCCAGACGGAGAACCACAUCCGGUCGCACACCACCACCCCCUCGCACGCCACGCACUCCUGCCAACCCCACCCAAUUUCCAUGCGAAUCGCCGCCUGCUGCUGCUGCUGAUGCGGCUCUUGGAAGGUCUCCCCUUGAUCGGUGACGUCUGUGGUGUCACUGGUGGUGUGGUUAUCGUUGCGUGUGAUAUAGAUGGGCUGCUGGCUGUUGGGAAUGCGGAUCAGGUCGGCCAGCGUGCGGGCGGCAGCGCUGCUCACUGCACCAAGCAAGAUACCCCACACAGACGACAGACAUAGACAACAUGUGUUCGAAUGCACUGACUGACUGUCCGCCUGACCUUCGACAGAGGGCGCGGGGAAAGACCCCUGUGUGUGCCGUGCGUCGCUGGUGGUGUCUGCCAGCGUCAAAGCCGCCCUGGUGAGCUCCAGCAGCGCCAGGGCUGCCGGCGCGAGCGACUGCAGACCGACCACGGGCACAUAGCCAUUCAGCACACGGUACACCUGAAGACACAAAGACAAACCUCACCACCAGACACGUAGCCAGGUCUGUGUGUCUGACUUACCCCCUGCAGCGUGAGCACAAGAGUCUCGUCCCACUGCUUGACGACAGAGUCGCGGCUAUGGUGGAUGACCAGGGGGGUGGAGGCGCCCCCAACAGCAUGAUGGUGUGCGGUGGAAGGAGUGGUCGGCGCCGCUGUCCCAUAGAGAGCCAGGUGGUACCGCUGAUGAACCUGGUGCAGCGUGCGAACCAACACCUCCACCACACAGCUGCACACACACACACACAGAGAGAGAGAGAGAGAUUUGUUCUGCGAACUAACUAACAGGUUCACCCAUUCCCACCCACCCUGUGUGUACGUACCUCUUCCAAUAGGCGGCUGGGAGCAGUUUCCCAUGAGUCAGCAGGAUGGACGUCAGUGUCCUCAGGGCGCAGUUCCUCACCUCCGGCCGGCUGUCGUAGCUGAGGCAGUGCAGCCACAGCAGAAUCUCCGACCACAGGGCCUCGGAGGACGUGUCGCUCGUGUCGUCCUCCCGCCGCUGCUGGCGCUGGCGCUGGCCGGCCGUCUGCUUCUGCCGUAGGGUGAGGGUGUCGGUGAUGUUCCAGAGGAAGCCGACAGCUCGGAAGGACGUGUUGAUGCCCAGACACUUGGUGGAGGCGAAGGCGCCCACGGAGCUCACAAGACCCACCAGGCUGAUCUGCAUCGAGUGGAAUGAAAUGCAGCACAGAGUCAUGUUGACUUGUGCGUGCGGCGCAGUGUGUGUUGUGUGGGUACGUUUGGUGGGAUGUGUUCCGUGAAGUCCUGCAGGAUCAGCUCGAUCAGCUGGAAGAGCAGUCCGAGCGUCCGCCUCCCCAGCUUGCUGGGCGUCUUGCCCGCCACUCCCGGGCCGCCAUCCAUCUCUGCCGCCCCCUCCCCUCCCCCAGCCACGCCCUCGCCCUCGCCCUUGGUGGUGCCCUUCAUCGACUCAAUCUGCCGCUGGAUGAACCUGUGUGCGAGCUCGAACGUGUCGCCGAACUCCUGUGCGGUUGCCUGGCCGAUCCAUUGGAUGAUCCAGCACCAGGUGGGGGAGCUGAGGAUCUGACCCUUGGACUGCAGGAAGUUGAGCAUGCCCUCCACCACCUUGAAGCGGACGUCCUCGAAGUUGGACUGCGUGAGGUCGCCGAAGGGCGCCAGCAGCAGGCACUGACAGUCGCUGAGCAGCGCCGCAUCGAAGCCCUCACCCCGUUCCUCGGCGUCGGACAGACGAGCCGCCACCAGGACGCCCGGCAUCCCACGGCCCUCGCGCGGCACAAACGGCUCCACCUCUGCAUGAGCACACAGAGAUGGAACGAUGUUUGCCUCCCUCCUGUGGCCAUGUGUGUGAUCGGCCUCACCUCUGCUGCUCUUGUGCUCCUUGUCUUGGUCUUCACCCGUCUCCUUCUUGGCGCCCAUGAGUACCUUGACGGCAUGCUGCACCAGCUGCCACAGCCCCAGCACCCCCUGCAGCCGCGGCGAGGACGGCAGGCUCCGCGUGUUCCACACACACAUCAGGUAGUUGAGCAGCAAAUCCCAUACCGCAAACAGACGCGGCAGAUUCCUCCGGUCCAGACACAGCCCCACAAACACCAGCCGGUUGAGCGCGAAGAGCCACACCUGGCUCUCGCUGCCGUCUGCCAGGGCGUCUCGGUCGGUGUCUGGUGGACGGGAUGAUGGGGGGGCGGUCGAUGAGGGGAUGGAUGAGCUUGGAGCGCUUGCCGUGGAUGGGGUCCUCUUCGUGUCUUCCGUAGAUGCGCGUGUGACGGGCGGCCGGUUGCGGGGAGCGACGCGCAUCCGUCCAAUGCCCCCGCUCUCGCCCUCCUGCUCAUUGUCGUCGCCAAAUGCGAAAGCGCCGCUCAUGGACAGGGCCGGGGGGUUGUAGUCGGCCACUCGGGAGGCGUCCCUCUCGUCCGGCACAUCCUCAACCAUCUCCUCGCCAGCCGCGCUCUUCAUCGACAGGUAGUCCUCAGACACGCCGAUCACACGCGCCAUCGACUGGGCGUCGAUCUCGGCCUGCUGGGGGUCCAUCUCGCUGGCGUCACGAUCAGCAGAAGACGGGGCAGCAGGGGCGGAUUUGUUGUUCUUGUCGCGUCCUAGGCCCUCGAAAAGCAGCUGUGGCGUGGCUGCCGUGGCGAGUGUGGGUGUGGGCUGGGAGGGGUCCUUGGGGUGGUUGGGGGAUCGGGUGAAGGCGGCGGCUGGGGGCUGUGACGCAUUCUGCAGCACCUCCUUCUCGAUGUAGUACAGCAGGUGCUCGCCAAGCGCGCUCACGAAGUCGACCCAGCUGUCCUCCCCCAGGUAGCAGCAGGAGUGAAAGAGCGAGUCGAAGCCCGUCCUGAGCACCGUCAGCUCGGCCGUCAGCACAGCGCUGUAGCUGGGGCCGCCCUCAGACGGGCUCGCAACAACACUGGCUGUCCCCCCUGCCGCGGCAGAAAUGCUCGUCCCACCUCCACUUGUGGGCGGUGGUGCGGCCGCCCCGGUGGUGGGCUUCUGUCCGGUGAUCUGUGACGACGGGAGGUCGGUCAGGACGGCCUUCCUUUGCCCACACAGGACGGCGUACAGCUCCUCAUAGGCCUUGAGCACGAUGGACCACCCCUUGCUCCCCAGGAUGCCCCCGAAGGCGCACGAGUGGCAGAGGUUCAUCAGCGACUUGAGGCAGAUGAUCGACCGGCUGUCGAGAAACCGCUGCGGGCCGACCGUGGGGGCCGCUAUCGACGCGUUGGGCGAGAAGGGGAGUGCGAAUCGCGUGAGUGACUGCAGGGUGGCCUCCCGGGCCUGGUCCAGCUGGAACACCCCUACACAGCAGAGGAACGUCUGGAGAGACCGCAGUAGAGGGUGCAGCAGCAGCUCAUCGGGCAGGCCGCCAGAGGAGCUGACGGCCGUGGUGAGCAGAAGCGUCAGCGAGGAGAGAAGAGGCGGCCAUGUCGCCGAGAGGAUGUCGCUGCAGUGGGUCUGGUAUUGCGUGAGGGGGUGGGGGAAGUAGUCGACACGAAGGGCGUAGCCAUAGCGGUGGGCGAACGCGGCGAGGGGGAAAGGGGUGGAGGCGGGAGGGGGGGCGGACAGAAGGGAAUGAUCGGAGGAGUCCACCACCCGAUCGCUCUCCGCCUCAGUGGACGCUGCACAUCACACCAACAACUUUACAGGAUUGUUUCCACGCACCCCCCCGUGUGUGUCGGGUGCUCACCGUGGAGAAUGAGGUUGUAGAGGCUGACAAUAAUGGUCAGCAGGUUCUCGACAGCCAGGCCCAGACAGAUCGCCAGUGUCAAGCCCUCAUUGGCCGCCCCGGCCACAACAGCUCCUGCCUCCUCCUUGGCGCCACUCAUGCCGCCCCCCGCCCCCCCGGCUGACGACACACUCGCCUGUGUGGUCGGCUGCGACGUCAUCUUCGUCUGGAGCAGAGCCUGCGGCACCUCAGACUCGCUCAGCAAAUCGAGAAAACAGUACUUGGACGGCCGUGAUGCCGCGAAGUGUGGCCGAUAAGGCCCUCUCUGCUGCUGGCCGUCCUCAUACUCGCCGUCAGCCCGCCCCAUGUGAGCGGCGAGUGUCCGUGCCAGCAGGUGGGCAAACGAGGUGCUGAGGACGUUCUUGCCAACGGGGGUAGGGAAGGGGAAGGCGUAUGGCAUGGCUGCCGCGUGAGCAUGCUCAGCGCCGCCGCCGGUGGUGGUGGUAAUGGGCUCUUCCUGGAGCUGGUGUUGUUGUUGGUCCACAGUGGGUUUCCUGCUGCUGCGGCUCAUCGGGUGGACUACGCCGGAGGUCGGCAGAUGCAGCACGGGGAGUGGGAAGAGCAGGCACUGACACUGCACGGCGAGCAGCAGCAGCGCCUCCACUGUGGUGGACGUCUGCGGCUGCUGCUGGUGCUGGUGGGUGACCCCGCCGCCCCCGGUGAAGCACACGUGGUGCACCACACGCCCCAGACUCUCCACGAUCUCCACCAACGGCGGUGUGGGUGAGGGGGAGGUGGUGCUGUCGCCUCUCUCCCUCGCCGCGGCGCCGGCAGCAGCAUAAGGGGUGAAGAGCUUCUUGACGAUGGGGGGGUUGUUGCCGACUUUUGUGUUGAUGAACUGCAGCAGGAGGGCCGUUUGCCAUGGGAGGGCGUCGGCGUGGAGAUAGGGGAGGAGGACGGUGAAGAGGACCUGCAUCUCGUCCAGGAGAUGGUCGAAGUAGUGGUCCAUCAGCAGACCCACCAGACGAAGACACCUGAUUGAUAAAUCACACCGACACACACAAGAGGCAGGUCAUGGGCACAAAGAAGGCAAAGCAUGGUUUUGUGACCUGUGUGGCUGACCUGACGAAGACUGGGAAGUCCCAGCACUUUCUGAGGUUCUUGAGCAGCACCGUGCACACGUGAUGCUUCACCAACAGGAAGAAAUCAACUACCUGAACACACACACACACACACACCCCUAAGUCGCCUGCUGCCGUGUUCCCACUAACUAAUGCGAGUGAGUGCCUGACCUUGAGGAACAGCUCAGGGUUGGUGCUGAUGGUGGUGUGCAGCAGCUCCAGACACAGCGCCUUGGGCAGGUCCACCGGGGAGAGGUACACCCCUCCCUCGCCGCUAUCCAUGCCGCCCCCGCCCCCACCCCCACCCUGGCCGCCUGCUGCUGCUGCUGCUGCUGCCGCUGCCGCUGUGUGACCGUCCACCUGCACCUGCGACCCCUCCCUCUCUCUCUCCUGCUGCUGCCGGAAAUAAUACUGGUAAGACUGCUGACGGGACAGCGGAGAUCUCGGCGCGCCGCUCCCUCCGCCGCUGCCCGUGACGAUCGACAUGCCAUGGUGGCUGAGCUUCCUCACUGGCCCACUAGUGCCGCCCCCCUGCUGCACCUCUGGAUCGCACAGAAGCGUCAGGUCCUGAAGGAAGAGGAAGAGCGUCCUGUAGGGGCGGGGGAAUGCCGGGGAGGGGGGCGGCAGGUAGGGGCACACGCAUGGCGGCUCGUAGAUGUGGUGUGACGCCGACGCCCUCAUCUGGGGGGGCGGGGGGCCCUUCCAGAUGAGGGGCGAUAUCUGGUCGACUGACAGGGGCAGCGCCGAGUGCUUGGGUGAGGUGGGCGGGGGCGGGUGGGUCGACAGCGUGUAGUUGGCCGUCUCCACAAAGUGAGAUGCCAGCUGACGCAGACCUGCACACACACACAGACACACACAGACACACAUGUGGUGGAUGUUUCCCUGCUGCCGCCGUGAAUGAAUGGAUGGAUGGAUGGAUGGAUGGAUAAUAGACACGUACCUGCGCAUGCCGUAUGGUGCACGACGCUGCUUGACGAGCGAUAGAGCAUCUGGAACACCUGCAGCAGGCUGGCCACCACCAGCUCGCUCUCCACCAGCCCGACCGCCAGCGCAUUGCCCGCAUCGCCCUCGGCAGAUGAGGGCGGCGACAGCAGCAACAGCGUCGUCUGGACCACCUUGAGCUGAAUCGACUCUCCAGACGGCGUCACAUUGGGCAGAGGGCCGCUCGUGGCCGACGAGGCGAUCUGCGCGAUGCCGCUGCUGCCCUCGCCGCUCGCUGCCGCGCCCUGUGAAGCGAUGAGCUCUUUGAGAAGGUUGAUGCAGAGCGGCAGCGUCUGUGGCGGGAGGAUGCGGCACUUGAUGAGCUUCUGCAGGCAGGUCAGGGACACCAGCACCAGCUUCGGUUGCGCAGUGUCACACGCCAUCAGCAAACACUUGAAGACCUCAUCAAAGGGGAACUGGUGAUGGGACUGGGCCGCCUGCUGCUGCUGCUGCUGGUCUUCCUGCAGCUUGUCCUUGUAGUUGCGCAGCUUGAGGAUGGCCUUCUCGACGCCCUCCUUGAUGGGAUGAUGCUUCUUCUUGCACUCGGCCGACAGAGAGCGGAUGUCGUUCUCCACGUCGACACACAGCGAUAGCAGCGACGCCACAGCCGCCGAAUCCAUCGACAGAUCUGGCUCACCAAACCGACGCGUCAGUCAUCGAAACCGGAACGUAAG